AUGGCGCGGGCGCGGAUCUCCGCACGGGGCGCGUGGAUCCCGGCGCUGAUAGUGUUGCUGCUGAUCUCCGGGGAAAGGGCCGAUGCUCACUGUCUUUCCUAUGACAUCCCUAUUGUUUGGGAACAGCAGUAUUCCACUGUGAUCGGUCGAAUUAAUGAACAGAUAUUCGUUUCCUGCCACAGUAGUUGGGCCCACUGCAAACAUGAGGGUCCAUUCGGGAAGAAAGUUAUUGAAACGAAAGCAUGGGCAAAACAAUAUGAUACGGUGAUAGACAUACAGGACAGGCUCAAACCUCUACUGGCUUACAUUAAAUCGGAGAGUGCAACCACCAAGGAUCACCACACCCUACUGGUCAGAAUGUCUUGUUUCCAUAACGGUAAUGCAAAAAUCAUCGGGUCCUGGAAGUUUUUCUACAAUGGCCAGAUGUUACUCUACUUUGACUCCGACAGCCGAACAUGGGCAAAGGUACAUGCCGGACCCAGCUGGACAGAAAAGAUUUUGGAAGACCCAUCUCUAUACGACUUCCUCUACAGGACCUUAGUAGGAGACUGUCAAAGCUGGUUGGAGGAGUUUUUGGGUCCCUGGGAGGAAAUACUGCAGACCACAGCUCCACCAAUCGCAAGCAAAUCCUCAAGAAUCACACUUAGCCCCUAUGCUAUCCUGAUAGUCCUUGUCGUACCCAUCUUAUUUGUCAACCAAGCUGGCUGUAAGUAUGAGAUCCUGAACCAGCUUAGUGGCCUCUCCUCAGAGCAGAGUUAA